CAGGUCUCUCUCUCUAUAUAUAUAUGUCUCUCUCUCUAUGUUAGCAGAAGUUCGUCACAGACUCACAGUUUUCCAGCUUUUAUAAUCCCAUAUCACUCUAGAGGUUUUCGUUACAAGAUGGGCACAAUGUCUGAAAGAGUGGGAGCGAUGGGUGGCAACAUGGGCAUCCCAUUUGACGAUGGUGUUUUCGAUGGCGUGGGGAAAAUAAUUGUCGGAAAAGACUGGGACUGUGUUUCUUAUAUGAAGAUUGAGUACGAAAAUAGUGACGGAAAUUUUGAAACCCGUGAACAUGGAACGAUUCGCGGGGGACUUCAAGAGUUCACGGUGGAUUAUCCGAGUGAAUAUAUCACAUCCGUUGGUGGAAGGUACGAACACGUUCCGAGAUAUGGAACCGUGCUUAUUAGAUCGUUAAUCUUCAAAACCUCCGGUGGAAGGACCUCUCCGAUACUCGGCUAUACGACAUCAUUUGGACAUCCAGCUGGGAGAGAAUUCAUGCUGGAGGGUAAAAAUGGUGGAAGGCUUCUAGGUUUCCAUGGACGUUCUGGUCAAGCUCUUGAUGCCAUUGGACCUCACUUCUUCGCUGUGAACUCUCCUCUUAAGCACUUUAACCGCGAAGGUGGGAAUGGAGGUAGUGCUUGGGAUGAUGGCGCUUUCGAUGGUGUUAGAAGAAUACUCGUUGGACUAGGUGGAAGGUUUAUAAGUUUUCUCAGGUUUGAGUAUGCAAAAGGCCAAAGAAUGGUGCCACAUGCUCAUGGGAAGAGGCAAGAGGUUCCACAGGAGUUUGUGGUGGAUCAUCCUAAUGAACAUAUUACGAUAGUGGAGGGAACCAUCGAUGGCUACCUUACAUCGCUUAGGUUUAAAACAUCAAAAGGAAGAACCUCCCCUGCUUUUGGCAAUGUGGUUGGCAGAAAAUUUGUGUUUGAGGAAAAAAAAUUCAAGCUUAUCGGGUUUUCUGGUCGGUCUGGUGAUGUUAUUGAUGCUCUUGGUGCACACUUUGGCCCUUAUCCAGCUCCUACCCCAGCUCCUACUCCAUCUUCCGCUACCUCAAAGAUGGGACCGCUUGGUGGUAACAAGGGAAAUACAUUCGACGAUGGUAUUUUGGACGGUGUGAAAAAAAUAACCAUUGGAGCAGAUGAAUACAGUAUAACUUUUAUCAAGAUCGAAUACGAAAAGAAAGGAAAAGUCGAAAUCCGUGAACACGGGACGAAGCGCGGAGAACUAAAACAGUUUUUUGUGGAUUAUCCGAAUGAAUAUAUCACAGCUGUUGGUGGAAGCUACAAGCAUAUUUUCAACUACGAUACAACGCUUGUUAAAUCACUCUACUUUACAACUUCUAAAGGCUUUACUUCUCCAUUGUUCGGGGAGAUGAUGGGAACAGAAUUCGAGUUCAAAGGCGAAAAUGAAGGAAAGCUUGUUGGAUUCCAUGGACGUGGUGGUUAUGCUAUUGAUGCCAUCGGUGCACAUUUUGCUCAAGCUACAACCUCUUCUUCAUCUUCUCUCAUCAAAAUGGAAGCUGUAGGAGGAAAGGGUGAAGAAACAUUCGACGAUGGUUCUUUUGAUCAUGUAAGAAAAGUUUCUGUUGGUCAAGGAAAUUCCCAUAUAUCAUAUAUCAAGUUCGAAUACGAAAAAGACGGCAGAAGAAUAACACAUGAGCACGGACAAAGGACAUCUCGAGGAACCGAGAUAUUCGAGGUUGGUCAAGACGAUGGCAUCACAUCUGUGAAAGCUUACUACGAAAAACUCGAUGGCUCGAAGACAGAAACUAUAACGCAUCUUGCAUUCAAGACUCUGAAGGGCAUAAACUCUCAGCCGUUUGGAAAGACCCCUGUUAUUGUAAAUGAUCGUACCAAAUUGUCCUUGCUCGAAGGUGGCAAAAUCACUGGUUUUCAUGGUAGUUCAAGCGACGUUCUACAUUCUAUCGGAACUUAUAUUUCAGUUUCUCCUCGGACGAUGUUGCAUGGCAAGUGGAUCAAGGUGGAGCAAAAAGGCAGGACUCCUGGACCAAGAUGCUCUCACGAUAUAGCUAUGGUUGGAAACAAAAUGUUCGCUUUCGGAGGAGAGUUAAAGCCAAAUUUUCACAUUGAUCGACACCUCUACUUUUUCGAUUUAAAAAAUCACAGAUGGUCGAUCGCUGAUCCAAACGGUGACGUUCCGGAGCUCCCAUGCUUAGGCGUUAGAAUGGUAGCCAUCGGCACUACACUCUAUGUCUUUGGUGGCCGCGACGGCUUCCGUAAUUACAACGGCUUCUACUCUUAUGACACGGUUAAAAGGAGCUGGAAACUCAUAACUCACGUUAAUAAAGGACCUGCACCGCGUAGCUUCCACUCGAUGGCUGCUGAUGACAAAAACGUUUACGUAUUCGGUGGAGUGAGUAUUAAGGAACGUGUCAACACACUUCAUGCUUACAACAUCAUUGAUCAGAAGUGGAUUGAAUUUCCGAAUCCAGGAGAGUCUUGCAAAGCUAGAGGUGGAGCGGGACUCGCCGUUGUGAAAGGAAAGAUUUGGGUUGUGUAUGGGUUUAUUGGGGAAGAAGUAGAAGAUGUCCAUUGCUUUGAUCCAGUUGAAAGUAAGUGGACUAAAGUGGAAACACGGGGAGAAAAGCCGUGGGCGAGAAGUGUCUUUGCGCUGGCAGUUGUAGGGAAAUAUAUAAUAAUAUCUGGAGGGGAGAUUGAGAUGGACCCAAAGGCUCAUUUGGGUCCGGGGUCAUUGACCGGUGGGGCUUUUGUGUUGGACACUGAGACUUUGUUGUGGGAGAAACUUGAGGAAGGUCACAGCCCUCGUGGAUGGAUCGCAUCCACGACUGCGUCCAUCGAUGGGAAAAAGGGGCUGUUGAUGUAUGGAGGGAAGGCUCCAACCAAUGGUCGUUAUGAGGACAUCUAUUUCUAUGGCGUUAACUCUGCAUAAGACCGCUCGUGUUGGUGAGUUUGGUGCAUCAUGGGGAGGGUCUCGUUUGCGACUUGUGAGACAAGAGAGUUACGAACUACUACUACUGCUCGUGUGUUUAAUAAUGUCAUUUUCUGUGUGUUUGGUUUGUAUGAUGAAUAAGAGCAUAAUUGCGAUUUC